CGAACUUCGGCAUAAAGAUGGUGAUGCUCGGUCUUCUUUGUCGCGGGAACGGCGGCCAAAGUGACCAAAAACCUGGGGACCGGGCGCCGGAGGUCUUUGAGCAGGAAUUGGCAGGGUCUUCAGGCACGGACAUGAACAUCGGCCGGGGAGUUUGCGAAUGCCUUGAUACACGGCAGAUGGGUACGCUCGGGCUUCGGCGAUCAUCUCAACAAAUAUCGGAGCACCAUUCUGGCAUUGCGGCUCAUCCUCAGAAGCAGUAAGCCGAGCCUCUUUCUUGCGAGCCAUUCAGAACCGCGUCUUCAACAACCGUCUCUGUGAAACAAUAAGAUUCAUUGUUAUCAGCCGCAGGGACUUGGGUCUCACUGUGUCUACCCAAGAACUUGGCGAUAUGGAACUUGGCCGAAAAGCUCUCAAAUCCAUCGGGUGAUAUACCAUCGUACCAUAAUUCGAAGGACUUUGUCUUGGCUUUUCAAGAGCCCUGGCAUAAGCGCCAGAUUUCCCCAGGCUCCCACAAUGGCUUGCAAGAACUCUGGGGUGAACCAUUCAAGUGAUGAGAGCUUCAGCCAUGUCGACGCAGCCAAGCCUUCAGGCAAUGGAUGCGGUCUAGGCCUCUGGGAUUCAAGGCCUCAAGAUCGGAAAAACGGACACACGCCCCCUCUUCAGUACAGUUCAGUAAUGGAGCGGAACGGUCGGCGGCCCCACAAGCGUCUCAUUGCCAAGGCGAGCGGUGUUUGGGUGAGGCAGGGUUAUCGUGGGGCGGCGGAGUGGGGAGUGGGCUUGGGCGGAGCCACUCGUAGCGAAGAGGUUCACAGAGGAGGACACGUGCCCUCCGCUGAAGGACCCCGGAGCGGAGGGCGUUGCAUCAGGAGAAUUUUGAAGAGAGUUUGGUCUGGGGGAGGAGGGAGGAGGAGGUUGGGACAACUUCAGCCGCCAAGGGAAAGCAAUCAGACCCAACCAAACGACCCCAAACGAGAGACCGAAGGUUCAGAUAUUUUCGUGUUAAUCCUUGCUCGAGAAAGUGUCAACGUGCAGGAUUUCUCGUUCAGCCUGAUCGACAGCCACCAUCUUGACUCUACUCGCCAAUGGCCUUUCGUGAGAGAUACAGAAUAA